UAUAAACCCAACCUCGAAGAUUCGUCUCUCCCGAAACCCUAGCUCACUUAACGCCGCCGCGGAGCUGCUCCGCGCCCCCGACGCCGGAGCAGGAGCAAGAGGGGUUCGGAAUGGCCAAGUCUAAGAACCACACGGCGCAUAACCAGUCGUUCAAGGCGCACAAGAACGGCAUCAAGAAGCCCAAGCGCCACCGCCAGACCUCCACCAAGGGGAUGGACCCCAAGUUUCUGAGGAACUUGAGGUACUCAAGGAAGGGCAAUAAGAAGAGUUGUGAGGCUGAGUCAGAGGAGUGAGAUGAUGCCUGAGUUUGUGGCGACAAAUGCAUCUCUUGUAUCGUUAGGGUCUUAGUUGUGAACUUAAUUUUCACAUCUGUAUGAUUAAAAGAGAUUCAUCAAUUGGUACUGAAGUGUUGUUUUUUUGUCUUGUUGCCUAUCUGGAGUUUAUUUAACUAAAAUCAUCAGUUGUGUCCUUGAGAAUCGGGCACUUAAUGUAUCAUUUUCGGUUCUCUGUGACCUGUGCUGUUAUCUCCAAUUUACCUGUUGAUUUCU